AUGUCUGGCUUCCUCUGGUGUAUACUCGUGCCUGUGUUGUCGGCUGUCGCUGUUUCUGCACAUAUAACGACGUGUCAGGUCGUCGAUGCCAUGAUUCCUGGGCGUGUCAUCUUUUCGAACGACACCAUAUACACUUCCACCCAGUCGUCGUACUAUAGCGGCGAAGAGCGCGACCUCACCCCCGACUGCAUCUUUAUGCCAACCACCGCCUCUGAGGUCAGCCAAUUUGUAAAGACUGUCGGUGUGCGCAAAGGAAAGGAUGCUCUGUUUGCCAUCCGCGGGGGUGGCCACACUCUCUGGAGUGGUGCCGCGAACAUUGAAGGUGGUAUCACGGUCGACAUGCGUCUUAUAAACCAGACGGUACUGAGCGCAGAUGGAAAGAUCGCCAGUCUUGGAGCUGGUGCCAGGUGGCGUGACGUCUAUCCUCAGCUCACGCCGCACAACGUCACUGUUAUGGGGGGCCGGCUUGGAAGCCUUGGUGUAGGGGGCUUUCUUAGUGGCGGUGGCCUAACCUUCCUGUCCCGCAGACAAGGUUUUGCCUGUGAUAACAUCUACGGCUACGAGAUCGUUCUCGCUAGUGGGGAGGUUACCUACGUGACCGAAGCUUCCCAUGCUGGCCUCUGGCUGGCUCUUAAGGGCGGAUCCAAUAACUUUGGCAUCAUCACGCGUUUCGACGUGUUAACCUUUCCUUCAAACCGCAUGUGGUAUAGUCUUCUUCAGUACGAGUAUAACAAUACCGUGUUGGAGGCCCAAGCCCAAGCCUUUAGUCGCUUCAUGGAGCCGGCCAAUUUCGAUUCCGCUGCCAUGAUGGGCAUAUUUAUUGAUUACGUCGGUGGGGCCUAUUCUAUUACAGACGCCCUGUGGUACGCAGACGACGUCGUCAUGCCUCCCGUCUACAACGGCUUUACAGAGAUUCCCAACAUGGGCGGUGUUGCGGAGCUUGCCACUGUUGCCGAUGUUGUGGAUACAUUUGGAGCUAACAUCCCAACCGCAACCUCACGCGCCUUCCAACUCGAUUGGUCGUUUCAAAACCCCCCUGCUGAGGUCUAUAUGGAGCUUUUUCAGAUCUGGGAGAAGGGCAUCAGCACAAUAGCCGACGUGGAAGGGCUCUUUAUCGAGUUCUUGACGCAACCGCAAUCGGUGACCAAUGGCAAAAACCUUUUCGGUCUAGUGACGGGCAAGACCAAUUACGUCGUGGGGCUUUUGACAGCGGCGUACAGUAACGCAUCCGACGAUGUGAAGGUCCAGGUUGCCAUUACCAACAUCGUGCAGGCGCAGAAAAAAGUUCUUAGGCACGGCAGCUACCUGAUUGAUUUCGUCUACACGAACUAUGCCGAUGGUUCCCAGGGUGUGUACCAGAGUUGGGGUGCCGAAAAUGUCGCUAAGCUUCAGGCUGUGAGCAAGGAAUAUGACCCUGAAGGAAUAUUUCAGACGAGGGUUCCUGGUGGCUUUAAAGUUUUAAAGAAAAGCUAA